AUGCCGCCUUUGGCCUUAGCAGAGCCACUGCACAGCUGUGGGGUCACGCUGACCUCAGAGCGAAAAACGUUCAAGGGAGUAAAAUUGCCCGGCUUUGUUCAGUCCGCGGAUUUCGUCAUCCCUCGCUGUGUUUCGCCACAGCGAGGGAAAGCUCAGGCAGAAGGUGGAUCAGCUCGGACAUCACUUCUUAUUUUAGUGUCCGUCUUCUUAUCAGCUGCUUUCCUUAUGUUCCUGGUAUAUAAAAAUUUCCCACAGCUUAGUGAAGAAGAAAGAGAAUGUAUAAAGGUUCCUAGAGACAUGGAUGAUGCAAAGGCCUUGGGAAAAGUCCUGUCCAAAUAUAAGGACACGUUUUAUGUUCAAGUAUUAGUGGCUUAUUUUGCCACAUAUGUUUUCUUGCAAACAUUUGCUAUUCCUGGGUCUAUAUUUCUCAGUAUCCUGUCAGGGUUUCUGUAUCCCUUUCCACUGGCCUUAUUUCUUGUUUGUCUGUGCUCAGGACUUGGAGCUUCAUUCUGCUAUAUGCUUUCAUACCUUGUGGGACGUCCUGUUGUAUACAGAUAUUUAACAGAAAAAGCAGUAAAAUGGUCAGAACAGGUUGAACGACACAGAGAACACCUCAUUAACUACAUAAUAUUUUUGAGAAUAACACCUUUUCUUCCAAAUUGGUUUAUCAAUAUAACAUCUCCUGUAAUUAAUGUGCCAUUGAAAGUAUUUUUUAUUGGCACUUUUCUAGGUGUGGCACCACCGUCUUUUGUGGCCAUUAAGGCUGGAACAACGCUGUACCAACUUACAACAGCAGGGGAAGCUGUUUCCUGGAACUCUGUUUUUGUUCUCAUGAUUCUAGCCAUCCUCUCCAUCCUACCAGCUGUCUUCCAGAAGAAACUGAAACAGAAGUUUGAAUAAGGAUCAAACUGGACCAGAAUUUCCCAUACUUCAUCUCAGGAUCAGCACUUCUGAUAUUUGUAUAUUUGCUUUUCUAUUGGAUCUUAAGCAAUUGAAGUGGAGGCUUGUAAUUGAUAAGAAUGUCUUUGAAUGAACAUGUGGCCUAAAAUGGAAGGAACUGUGUUCAGAAAUGUACUGCAUAUAGUUUUGUAACCAAACCAUCAGUGUUCUACUUUAGGAGGGGGUGUGUGUGGCCCUCAGGAUAUGGGAAGUGAAAACACAGAUGUAACGUUUUGCUCCAAUUACAUGCAGAGCAAAAAUUGUAACGUAGACAUAAACUACAGAUAACGCUUUCUAAAACUUGCAGGAAAAAAACCUUAAUUCUUCAGUCCAGUUUUGUAACAUUCUCUGUAGGCUUGCAUGUGUUCUGGUCUGAGUACAUUUCUCAUCAACAAGAUUUCUCUUUUUUUUUUUUUUGCCUUCGGGAGUUCCAAAAUAAUAGCGUAAUAUAAUAAUGGUGCUCACUCAGAAACAAAGGUUUUUCAUAGUACUUUUAACUAC